CACACUCCCCCACUCCCCAUUCCCUGCUUCCGUUUCGAACCCCAAAGAGUAAUCUCGAUCUGUUCUCUCUCUCUCUCUCUCUCUCUCUCUCUCUCUCCUCUGCAGUGGAACCUUCCAGUGGAAGAGCUGUCCAGCGAAAACGGAGAAGAAGACGAUGGACUGGUGGUUCGUCGCCGUCGCACUUUUCACCAUCAUGUGCAGUGCAACUCAGGUGAGACCAGACGCGUCUGAUCACAAAUACAACAUCGGAGAUGCCGUCCCUCUCUACGCCAACAAGGUCGGCCCUUUCCACAACCCUAGUGAAACAUACCGCUACUUCGAUCUCCCGUUCUGUUCACCAGGUGUUGUGAAAGAUAAAACAGAAGCUCUUGGUGAAGUGUUGAAUGGGGAUCGGCUGGUCACGGCACCCUAUAAACUUGACUUUUUAGUUGAAAGGGACUCUGAAAUUGUUUGCAGGAAGGAGCUAAAGAAGGAAGACGUUGUUCAGUUCCGAAAUGCUGUCAUAAAAGAUUACUACUUCCAAAUGUACUACGACGACUUGCCCAUUUGGGGUUUUAUAGGAAAGGUUGACAAGGAAGGCAAAGCUGACCCUAGUGACUACAAAUAUUACCUAUUUAAUCAUAUUCAUUUCGAGGUCUUCUACAACGUGGAUCGUGUAAUUGAGAUCAAUGCGAGAACUGAUCCGAAUGCCCUUGUGGACCUUACUGAGGAUAAGGAAGUUAAUAUAGACUUCAUGUACACGGUGAAAUGGAAGGAAACAAGGACUCCUUUUGAGAAAAGGAUGGAGAAGUACUCGCAUUCUUCUUCACUUCCAUUUCACUUGGAGAUUCAUUGGUUUUCGAUAAUCAAUUCUUGCGUGACAGUUCUCCUUUUAACUGGUUUUCUUGCCACGAUUCUCAUGCGAGUUCUGAAGAAUGAUUUUGUUAAGUACACUCAUGAUGAGGAGACAGCUGAUGAUCAAGAGGAAACCGGGUGGAAGUAUAUUCAUGGUGACGUUUUCAGGUUCCCGAAGUACAAAUCUUUGUUAGCUGCUGCUGUUGGUUCUGGCACCCAGUUGUUCGCCCUUACUAUCUUUAUCUUUAUACUUGCUCUUGUUGGCGUUUUUUAUCCAUACAACCGUGGAGCUUUGUUUACUGCCCUCGUCGUUAUAUACGCACUCACGUCUGGGAUAGCAGGCUAUACUGCAACCUCUUUCUAUUGCCAGCUUGAAGGAACAAACUGGGUGAGAAAUUUGUUAUUGACUGGAAGCCUCUUUUGUGGACCCCUGUUUCUCACAUUCUGCUUUCUUAAUACUGUUGCGAUUGCCUACAGAGCAACUGCAGCACUUCCAUUUGGUACAAUUGUGGUAAUAUUUCUUAUAUGGACUCUAGUAACAUCACCUUUGCUGGUAUUGGGUGGUAUAGCUGGAAAGAAUAGCAAGUCCGAGUUUCAAGCUCCUGUGCGCACAGCAAAAUUUCCUAGAGAGAUCCCACCAUUGCCUUGGUAUCGUGAAGCCCUUCCUCAGAUGGCUAUGGCUGGGUUUCUCCCUUUCAGCGCAAUAUACAUUGAACUUUAUUACAUAUUUGCAAGUGUUUGGGGUCACAAAAUUUACACGAUAUACAGCAUCUUAUUUAUAGUAUUCAUCAUUCUUGUGAUCGUGACUGCUUUUAUUACCGUGGCUUUGACGUACUUCCAACUUGCUGCUGAGGAUCAUAAAUGGUGGUGGAGGUCAUUCCUUUGUGGUGGAUCAACUGGCUUGUUCAUCUAUGGCUACUGCUUAUACUAUUAUCAUGCCCGUUCAGAUAUGUCUGGUUUCAUGCAAAACUCCUUUUUCUUUGGAUACAUGGCUUGCAUCUGCUAUGGUUUCUUCCUCAUGCUUGGGGCUGUGGGUUUCCGUGCCACUUUGUUCUUUGUCCGCCACAUAUACCGCUCUAUCAAGUGCGAGUAGCAAGUUGGAUUAUGCUGCUUCUUUGUUCAACAGAUUGUCUUCGAGUUAAAUGCCGAUGCUCCCGGGAGUGGUCGGGCAUGCAUCAUCAACAAAACUGGUAUGCAGAUCUUUGAUGAAGGUGGACCAUGUAGGUAGGACAAAGGCUUUGUAGAAGGAAGGUUGUAUAAUGUACAAUACAAUAGCAGUGGAAAUCAUUCCUCUAGCAUUUGAUGUUGUCCUUGUAGUUCAGAUAUUUUCAAGUUAUGGUUUUUUGUUUCCUUGUACAAAGUGAACAAGGUGCUAUGUUUGUCUAAUAUGCGAUGUCUAAUUUGUUUCCA